GUCAUUUCUCAUCUCUGUGAAAAAAACACCCAGGGCCUCAAAACUACUGCGCUCCAAUUCAAUCGUGGCACUGAAAAGACCGUCCGACAAUCACUUCUCCUGGAUUCUCUGGAGAUUACGGCUUACCUCUUGCGUUUGUUAUGUGUGUGGUCUCUGAUUUCGAAGCGUUUCAAUUUUGUGUAUUUCGCCAUUUUAGCUGAUUGCUUGCUGCUAUUGGCUUUCGGCAGCUUGCGAGAUAUAAUCUUCCAUUGAUUUGCAGCAAUUUAGGAAUUGUUUGAAUUUGGAGCAGAUCUUUUGGUUGUGAACAGAGAUUUAAGGCUAAGAAGAAAAAGUUCUGUAUCAAAAUUUGGGUGAAAUCUUAGGGCUUGUUUAGAGCAUUAAGGUUUGUAAGUUAGUGAGUUCAUCAUGUCUGUUGCUUUGCUGUGGGUGGUUUCUCCAACCUGUGAAGUUUCGAAUGAAUCGUUUGUUCGUGAGGGCAACAGAGUUCUCGAUUCGUUUGGCUCGAUUGCUAGCCGUAAGAUCAUAAGCUGCACCGGCAACAGGCCGAGGAGAGUUAAGAAGUAUAGGCGAAGUUACGGCUCUGUAAAUGCCGAUUUGAGGUAUCCUUGUUUGGGGGAUUCAGGAUUAGAGCAUGGAGGUCGAGUUUUCUAUCCAACAUCGAGCAUGGUCGCUAGUACAGCCGGGGAGAUCGCCAUAUCCUCCGAGCAAAAGGUCUAUGAAGUGGUUUUGAAGCAGGCGGCAUUGGUUAAACGGCAGCUGAAAUCCGAGGAGGACGUCGAGGUUAAGCCAGAUAUAGUUGUUCCCGGAUCGCCGUCUGUUUUGAGUGAAGCUUACGAUCGAUGUGGCCAAGUAUGUGAGGAGUAUGCAAAGACGUUUUACCUCGGAACAAUGCUGAUGACUCCCGAGAGGCGACGAGCAAUUUGGGCAAUAUACGUGUGGUGCAGGAGAACGGAUGAACUCGUCGACGGACCAAACGCGUCGCAUAUAACUCCAACGGCGUUGGACAGGUGGGAGGCGCGGCUCGAGGAUAUUUUCGGAGGGCGUCCUUUCGACAUGCUCGAUGCUGCUUUAUCCGAUACUGUUUCGAAGUUUCCCGUGGACAUCCAGCCGUUCCGCGACAUGAUCGAAGGGAUGAGGAUGGAUCUCUGGAAGUCUAGAUACAAAGACUUCGACGAGCUGUAUCUCUACUGCUAUUACGUCGCCGGCACCGUCGGGCUGAUGAGCGUUCCCGUUAUGGGCAUCGCACCCGAAUCCAAUGCGACGACCGAGAGCGUCUACAACGCCGCUCUGGCGUUAGGCAUUGCAAACCAGCUGACAAACAUACUCAGAGACGUCGGCGAAGACGCUCGUCGUGGAAGAAUAUAUCUCCCCCAAGACGAGCUUGCACAGGCCGGGAUAUCGGAAGACGACAUUUUCGCCGGGAAAGUAACCGAUAAAUGGAGGAACUUUAUGAAGAAGCAAAUAAAGCGCGCGAGGAAAUUCUUCGAUGACGCGGAGGCUGGCGUCACCGAGCUCAGCUCCGCUAGCCGUUGGCCGGUGUGGGCGUCGCUGCUGCUGUAUCGGCAAAUACUGGACGAGAUAGAAGCGAACGACUACAACAACUUCACGAAGAGGGCGUACGUGAGCAAGCCGAAGAAGAUUCUUGCUUUGCCCAUUGCGUAUGCCAAGUCCCUCGUUUCUCCCGGCCGUGCUCUCGUCUCGUCUUCGUCGCCGUGAUCGGAGAACAGCGGCGGCGGCGGUGGUGACGAUGCAUUGAGGCUGGCUGGCUGGCUGGCUGUCAUUACUCUUACCUAUAGUAUACAUACAGAUGAUAUGUGUAAUUAGCAGAUUCUUUGUUUAGUAGUACAACUGAAAAUUUCUGCUCUAUUCUAUGGUAGUGAAAUUGAAUAUUCUGUGUACAAGAGGCAGCAGCAACAACAACUAUUUGGGGAAUCCACUACUACAAUUGUGGGA